AUGUCGAGCUCAGAUCGAAUCUUGUCCCCAGCCAGUGCGCCCCUUUUCGCCCGCCGCCCGCCAAUCACAGCCGCCCCGGCUUCCUCUCACUUUGUCUCCCUCAACUUCCACUCACCACGGCUCCUCUCAAAAACGGCCGCGUCACGCUCAUUCCGCGAUCUCCCUAUCAUACCACCGCCCCAGAUUAAAGAGCCUGCUCCAUCGAACCCUCCCCCGCGCGCUGCAUUGCACGACCCCCAACCGAGCCCCACGGCCUUACCCCCAUCCGACCUCGAACGCCUGGAGAUUGCAUCUGAAACGCAAACACCCGUUACGCCCCCUUCACGAGCCCGAUCAUCAUUCCUGCAGAACCGCUGGGCGCCUCCGAAGAUUUUACGGCCACCCGCCGUUCGCCUCGCGAACCCGGUCAACUACGUCCCGCGUAUCUCGCCGGUGACCGCAGUUGCGCAGGCCUCGAACGAGAGCCUCCCGCUUGGAUCACACCGAGACGCGUAUCCACUGCUCACGAUCCCCGAGCGGCGUCGCAGUCGGCUCUCACCGUCGCCGAAUAGUCUAGUUGUCGAGCGCAGUCAACAGGAGUCUGAAAGCGGCCGGUCGAGCAUAGCGGUGCCUCGAGGGAGGCAGAGCGGCGCAUUCGAAGACGUCCCGUUGGAGAUGGAACCUGUAGCUACACCCGAGCGCGCUUUGGGGACCGAUCGUCCGCGUCAUGUCCAGUCACAGCAUUCUCUCCGAUCACAAUCGCAAAUCGCGUCCGUCCCAUCGAACCCAGGGGUCCCGAAUGAGCCGGACGUUGCGGAGGAGCUAGCCUGGGGCCCGGCCCAUCCUUGCUUUCCACAUAUCAACCCGCACGUUCCGCCGGGGUCAGACGAGUACAUGACUACGCGUAUUAUUCGGAUUCGACGAGACUGGAUGGUCAGGGGGGAUUUGGCACCGACGUACUCGAAUCUGUAUCCGGAGAUUCUCGACCCGCUACUGCCCGAGCAAGAAUUCCGACGGAUCAUCGCGACGGUCAACGACGAGCUCGUCGACGCGUUCAAUCCGUUUAGCUUCCGCAAUUGGAUCGAUGGGGCGAUUGGGUUGCUCACCGGGUGGAUCUGGGAGGAUAUCGGCGCGCCGGGCGUCAAGAGUCAUCUGAGGCGUGUGGAGGACUGGCUGGAGAAGUGGAAUCGCGAAGUCGGGGCCAAGGACGGCGUCCGGAUCUGGAGUCUGCGGAGGACGGCGUACAUGUCGCUCGAUAUACAGAUUCCUGAUCCCAAGGUCGGCAUUAUUCCCAGCGAGGGGAAUCCGUCGCGGCCUGGGACUCGACCGGAGAGCGGUGGUGUAUAA